UUUAUACGAGUUAGGUUUUAGCGGCAGACAAAAGAGCAGAAUCCCCCUUCUAACCAUGGCGACCAAACCAGCUGCUGAAUCCGUUCAAUGCUUCGGAAGGAAGAAGACAGCGGUGGCUGUCACUCACUGCAAACGCGGAUGCGGUCAGAUCAAGCUCAACGGCUGCCCGAUCGAGCUCUUCAACCCCGAGAUCCUCCGAUUCAAGAUCUUCGAGCCGGUCCUUCUCCUCGGGAAGCACCGUUUCGCAGGUGUGGACAUGAGGAUCCGCGUCAAGGGCGGUGGUCACACUUCCCAGGUCUACGCCAUCCGUCAGAGUAUCGCCAAGGCGCUCGUUGCGUUCUACCAGAAGUACGUGGACGAGCAGUCGAAGAAGGAGGUGAAGGAUAUUCUGAUUCGGUAUGAUAGGACUCUGCUCGUGGCGGAUCCAAGGAGGUGCGAGCCGAAGAAGUUUGGUGGUCGUGGUGCUCGUUCUCGUUUCCAGAAGAGUUAUCGUUAAGAACUUGGUGUUUGUUUUAUUUUUGGGAGUAAUGAGUAUGAUGGAGUUGUCAUUUUCAGUUAUUAUGCUUUAUUUGGAUUAUGUUUGACGAUGUUUACCUCUUUGCUAUCAGAAAAAGUUUUCAUAUUUA